ACAUUUUUAUCAUUAUAAUUUCUUCAUAUGAAUGAAUCACUAAAUAUAUACAUACACAUUUAUAUAUCUAUACAUCAUCAUCAUCACUACUACCACCGCCCAAUGAUACGACGUCGUCUCCGAUUUCCACUUGUCAAUUCAAUUAUAUUACAUCAUGACAACUAAUUAAUCAAUAAAUAUAUAUAUCUAUAUAUAAGAUGCGUGUUCAAAAACCCUCACCGCUUCAUUUUCCUUAUAUCAUCAUCAUCAUCAUCAUUUUUCACUGUCCCCUAAUUCAUUUUCCGAUUUCGGUCCUUUAUUAGCUACGAUCAAGGUGUAAAAUGGACAGAGUUAAAGGCUUGGAAGAAGGACAGGAUAAGGGUUUAUGGUCAAGUUCUGAAGGAAGGCAAAACGUUGAUGCAGGGAAACAGAUAUACUGUAACAGUGCGGUGAAUAUGAAAAACAUCGUUGCCAUUGGCUUUGAUAUGGACUAUACCUUGGCCCAGUACAAACCUGACACUUUCGAAGCCCUUGCUUAUGAUGGUACUGUCGAGAAGCUAGUAAACAACUUGGGAUAUCCAAAGGAGAUACUGGAGUUAUCAUUUGAUUGGAAAUACAUGGUCAGAGGACUCGUUCUUGAUAAAAAGCGAGGAAAUGUGUUGAAGAUGGACAGACAUAAGUAUGUUAAAGUUGCCUAUCAUGGAUUAAUGCUAAUAUCAAAGGAUGAAAAAGCGAAGACUUAUGGAAACGGCUUUGUUCGUGAUGCAUUUGAUGGGCCUGACUAUGCCCAUAUUGAUACACUGUUCUCACUAGCAGAAGCUUAUUUAUUUGCUCAGCUGGUUGAUUUCAAGGAUAAUAACCCUGGGAAACUCUCAGAUGAUAAAGACUACUCUCGUAUCUAUACAGAUGUCCGCUCUGCUGUUGAUAUGUGUCACCGUGAUGGAACUUUGAAGCAGAUGGUUGCAAAAGAUCCAAAAAAAUAUAUCAAUGAGGACAACUCGAUUGCCCCAAUGCUUAAUAUGCUGAAAUCAUCUGGUCGUGCUGUCUUCUUAGUGACAAACAGCCUUUGGGAUUAUACGAAUGUCGUGAUGAAUUUUGUAUUUGGGCCACGGGCAAUAGAUGGCAGUUCUUCUUUAAGUCUUGAUUGGCUCCAACACUUUGACUUUGUCAUCACUGGCAGCGCGAAACCAAGCUUUUUCCAUGAUGAAAAUCGUGCUAAUCUUUUUAUGGUUGAGCCUGCCUCUGGGAAACUCAUCAAUACUGACAAUGGUACUCCACUUGCUCAGGUGGGAUGUCCUGAGAUAGAACUGCCAGAUGACAUCCCAAAUAAGCAUUGCAAGGUGUUUCAGGGAGGCAAUGUUGGGCAUCUGCAUAAAUUACUUAAUGUGGGGUCAAGUUCACAGGUUCUCUAUGUGGGAGAUCAUAUAUAUGGUGAUAUCUUACGCAGCAAAAAAAUUCUGGGCUGGAGAACAAUGCUUGUUGUUCCAGAACUUGAGAAAGAAGUUAGAGUUCUCUCAUCCUCAGGGUUCACUCGUAAGAAACUCCAACUUCUUAGGAGUGAGCAAGAUCAGAUAGAAGAUCAAACCCAUCAUUUGAAGUGGUCCCUUGAGCAUGAAAAUCUGGAUGCAGGUGAAAAGGAAAAGAUCAGUUUAAAGCUUGAGAAACUUGAGGCUCAGCGCAAACGUGUUCGGUCAGCUCAUCAAGAUGCUCAAAGAGUUUUCCAUGAGAAGUUUCAUCCAAUUUGGGGACAGCUGAUGAAAACCGGUUACCAGAACUCGCGCUUUGCGCACCAGGUGGAACGAUUUGCUUGUUUGUACACAAGUCAAGUUGGUAAUCUUGGGCUAUACUCCCCUGCAAAAUACUAUAGGCCCGGUGAAGACUUCAUGGCUCAUGAGUCCGACAUUCUUGCUCAGUAAACAAUAUAUGUUGUGUGAUGCUUUCACUUUUCCAGUUUCAUAUACUUCCUGAGUCAAACCCUUUGAUCUCAGUGAAGAAGUUUGUUAUGUGCUAUGUUUAUGACUAUGGUUGAUGUAGGAUGUUUUCUGGGUUAUGGAAGUAUGAUAUUAGCAAA